CGCGGCGGUUCGGAGCUCUCCUUCUCUAUAUCUCAGUUGCUUGCCCUGAUCUUAGUGGGUCUUCGUGGCUACGCGUAGCUUGCGGGGCGGGGGAUGGCACGCAUGGGUCUGGGGCGAGGAGCCUGGGGCCGCGUGUUCCAGCCGGGGUUUGGAUCCCUGAGACACGCGGGCUUGGGCGUUCGGCCCCGUCGGGUAACUUCAACUUUGCUGAGUGCUCCAGAAGCCAUCCAGACUGAGGAAGACCCGGAAACUCCGGGGCCACGUGAGCCACGGCCAUGGCCGCAUCGCUUUGCAUGUUUGCAGGUAAACACCGCAAGCAUCCAGGAGGACGCGGGAACGCUGGAGGCAUGCAUCAUCACAGGAUAAACUUCGAUAAAUAUCAUCCAGGUUACUUCGGGAAAGUUGGGAUGAGGCAUUACCACUUAAAGAGGAACCAGAGCUUCUGCCCGACUGUCAACCUGGAUAAACUGUGGACGCUGGUCAGUGAGCAGACCCGAGUCAACGCUGCCAAGAACAAGACCGGAGUUGCUCCCAUCAUUGAUGUCGUGCGAUCGGGCUACUACAAAGUUCUGGGGAAGGGAAAGCUCCCUAAGCAGCCUGUCAUCGUGAAAGCCAAAUUUUUCAGCAGAAGAGCUGAAGAGAAGAUAAAGGGUGUUGGAGGUGCCUGUGUUCUGGUGGCUUGAAGCCACUCAGGGAGGCCAAUUAAAUGCUAACACUUUCCAAGUGGUCUGAGUGUAGGUUCUUUGGUUACAUUUUUAGGCAUCCUUGUCAGUAUGCUGGGACCUGUCCAAUAGGUCCUAGAAAAAACGUGAGGUAUGGAUUUCAGUCACAGUGUGGUUUGGUCAUCUCAAAGCGUGCACCUGUGUGUACAUGUCCGUGUGUACUCAAGUGUGGCUUAGAUUGCAGCAGUCAUAAAUUCAUUAUGUCCCUAUGUAUAUAUAGUACAUGGGUCUUGCUAUUCAAGAAACUGAUAAACACCGUUACUUUUAGCUGAAAAUGUAUUGUAAGAAAAAUUGUAACAACCUGGCAACACAUGCCUUAAUCCUAGCACUCUGGAAGCAAGGGUAGGUGGGUCUUGGAUUUGAGGCCAGCCUGCUUUGUGCAGUAUUAUGGUCACAUAAUGAGAUGGUUUGAUUCAAAAACAAAGGUAUUUUGGACCAGAAAUCCGGUUGGGUUAAUUUUCAGAAAAUGUGAAAUUCUGCUGUCUAUAUUCCUACCAAAAAGUUUCCUAUAAUGGCUCAUUACUGGGCUACUAGGCUUGGAGCAGGGCCAGGAAAAGAGGGUGGGCAGGAAAAGUGAAUUCAGGUCUCAGAUGAAAUGGUAUGGAAUUAAUUACUGAUUUGGGAGUGGUGCUGACAGUGAAGUGGAGACUGAUCACUGGGGCUCCAUUACCGACUGAUGGUAUCUUAACUACCUGCAAGAAUGAAGUGUUUUUUAGUA